UUGGAAAGUAUGAGCUCGGACGGACCAUCGGGGAAGGAACAUUUGCAAAGGUCCGUUUUGCUAAGAACACUGAAAAUGGGGAGCCUGUUGCCAUCAAAAUUCUUGACAAGGAGAAGGUUCAGAGGCACAGAUUAGUUGAACAGGAACAACGUGGAGAAUGAAUUUUCUUCCUUGGAUGUUGACGUGUCAGCAUGGGAGCAUAGGAAGAUGAAACUCCAAUUAAGAAACGAUUCUAUAUCUACAUAUUUACAUGCCAUCGAGAUAUAUCCACAUGGUGGUCUUCCGGUUGAAGUCAUACUACCAACUCAAUUAAGCGUGAAAUUUGCACUAUGAAGUUAGUAAAGCAUCCUAAUGUUGUUCGACUGCUUGAGGUGAUGGGAAGUAAAGCAAGAAUUUUCAUUGUUCUGGAAUAUGUUACGGGCGGAGAGCUUUUUGAAACCAUUGCUACCAACGGAAGGUUGAAGGAGGACGAAGCAUGCAAAUAUUUUCAGCAACUGAUCAAUGCAGUUGAUUAUUGCCACAGUAGGGGAGUGUAUCACAGAGACUUGAAGUUAGAGAAUUUGCUUCUUGAUGCUGCUGGAAAUCUCAAAGUAUCUGACUUCGGUUUAAGUGCUUUAACUGAACAAGUGAAGGCUGACGGUCUGCUUCAUACAACAUGUGGAACUCCCAACUAUGUUGCUCCUGAGGUGAUAGAAGAUGGAGGCUAUGAUGGUGCAACUGCGGAUAUUUGGUCUUGUGGAGUAAUCCUCUUUGUCCUUCUUGCUGGCUAUUUACCUUUCGAGGAUGAAAACAUCAUUGCCCUAUACAAAAAGAUCUCUAAAGCUCAGUUUACCUGCCCCUCUUGGUUUUCGGCGGGAGCUAAGAACCUGAUUACCAGAAUUCUCGAUCCCAAUCCUACAACUCGGAUCACCAUUGCUCAGAUACUGGAAGAUCCUUGGUUCAAAAAGGGAUACAAGCCUCCUGUUUUUGACGAGAAAUAUCAAACUAGCUUGGAUGACGUUGAUGCUGCUUUUGGAGACUCAGAAGACCGGCAUGUGAAAGAGGAAACUGAAGAUCAGCCAGCCACAAUGAAUGCAUUUGAACUGAUUUCACUAAAUCAGGCACUGAAUCUGGAGAAUUUGUUUGAGGCAAAGAAGGAGUAUAAAAGAGAGACAAGAUUCACCUCACAAUUUCCUCCGAAAGAAAUCAUAACAAAGAUAGAAGAAGCUGCAAAGCCACUUGGAUUUGACAUUCAGAAGAAAAAAUACAAGAUGCGGAUGGAGAAUCCCAAAGCAGGUAGGAAAGGCAAUCUAAAUGUUGCAACUGAGGUUUUUCAAAUAGCCCCGUCCCUUCACGUGGUUGAGCUCAAGAUAGCAAAGGGGGAUACUCUGGAGUUUCAAAAGUUCUACAGAAGUCUCUCGACGCAACUGAAGGAUGUUGUGUGGAAGUGCGAUGGCGAGGUCGAGGGCAACAGCACGUUGGCAUGAAGCGGCCUCCAAACUUACACAUGCCGGCGCUGGCUUUCCUUGUACAUAGCUUCUCUUCCGGAUGAUCAGUGUCCAUUGCAGAGUCGGUUUUGCAAGCAAGUUCUUUGGUUCAUUUGUCGAUGGCGAGUAAGCUCCGAUGAAACAACCGUCUUCAAGGCUGUUGCGGAUGAGCUCACUGGCGCGUUGUUUAGUCCAUUUUAUGGUCUGGAAGUUAGAUGGGAUGGGAGCCACAAUCAAGGCUGUAGUAGUGUUGUAGUAAUGAGGUACAUCAGACGGUGUAAAGGGAGUACCAAUUGUUAGGUCAAGGCUUCAAGUUUAGUCCCCUUCAAUUUGUUCUAUGCUGUGUUACUUCAAAUAAACAUUACUUCUAGAUGUAUGAGGUGAACACAGAUAGCUUGUGCCCUGG